GCACGAGGUCCGUGUGCCGGGAGCGGGACUGGGACCCUCACCGCUCCGUUUGGAAGACUCGGGGUGAGGACGUCGAUGAGGAAGCGAGACUCGGAUCUUCGCUCAACGGAUGGGCACUAAAUGAAAGUGUGGAGGUUCGCAUCUUCAAACAUGGAGACGAGACAUUUCAUAGCAAUAUUUCCACGCGCGCCUCGAGUUUGGCUCUAAAGGUGCAGAGGAGGAGGAUGACAAGCGCAUCCCGUCCGCAUGGCCAAAGCUUCUGCAAGAGUGACUUUUUUUGUCCGUUGUGUGCUGGAGAAAAAAAAAAGUCUUCUUUGCCGAUCGGUGCAUUUGCAUCUGUGAGGACUGCGACGCAACUGGCUUUGUAUAGUCUGCUUCGCUCAGAUUGUUUCAAGUCAUUUGCUUGAAGACGAGUGAGAGAGAGUUUGGUCAUCAGUGUCAACAUCAUCAUCUCUGGUGCAUCAUGGGUACUGUACUAUCUCUGUCCCCCGGCUCACGCAAGUCAGGCUACUAUGACAACCGUCCCGGUUCGUUAAGCCACUACCCGAGCCUGAGCAGCCGUUCUCUCAACAGUCAGAAAGACCGCGGGUUGAAGAGAGGCCAGUCCAUCUUCCUCCCGGUGCUCACGUGGAAACGACUCGUGGCCUCUACCAAGAAGAAGGGGAACCCCAAGAAAGGCUCCAAUGGUCUGGUUGGCCUCGUUGACCCUCUCAACAACAACAACAACAUAAACCUUUACCAACGGGAUCCUGUGCUGCACCUCAAUUAUCAGAAUGUGAGGAAGUCUCUGUCGUGUGCCAACUUGACCAGCUACGAGGUCCCGGCAGGACUUGGCCCGGGCCUCGGCUAUGGCUUGGGACUGGGUCAGGGCCACGGAUAUGGCUGCAUGAAACCCCAGCAGCUUUCUUCUGUGAAAAAAGUUCCCCAAGGUACAGUGACCACGUCUCCCAAACGCGUCAUCGUUCAAGCUUCCACUAGCGAGCUGCUUCGCUGCUUGGGGGAGUUCCUGUGCUGCCGCUGCUACCGCCUGAAGCAUCUGUCUCCGUCUGACCCCGUUCUCUGGCUGAGAGCCGUGGAUCGCUCACUUCUGCUCCAGGGCUGGCAAGACCAGGCCUUCGUCACGCCAGCCAACGUGGUCUUCGUCUACAUGCUGUGUCGAGAAGUCGUGGACGGCGACCUUGUGGCGUCGGAGCACGAGCUUCAAGCCAUCCUGCUCACCUGCCUCUACCUGUCCUACUCGUACAUGGGCAAUGAAAUAUCCUAUCCACUGAAGCCCUUCCUGGUUGAGGCGGGUAAAGAGGCGUUCUGGGACCGAUGCCUCGCCAUCAUCAACGCCACAAGCUCCAAAAUGCUGCGAAUCAACGCAGACCCUCACUUUUUCACACAAGUGUUUGCAGAACUCAAAAGCGAAGGGGGCUGUGUUCCACAAGAUUACAGUCGGCUUCUCGAUCGGUGAGAGGAGUUUCAAAAGCACUUUCUUGUUUAUUUGAUGCUCAUGCCUACAGACACAAACAUUCUCCUCCAUCUGCUGCUGCAGAAACAGCCAUAUGUAUUUAUUUAAGUAUUUCCUCUCUUUAUGUCGGUUGCCAAUUCAUGGCGAGAAAUCGGAGAUUUGAAUUGAAGUAUUCACCAUCAAAUUGUUGAGACUAGGGACUAAAUAGAACAUUGGGUUCCUCUAAGGCUGAAUAAUCAUGACCUAAUUAUACAUCCUCAAAUAAACUCAUCUCUGAAAAUGUACAGUGAAACCCCAAAUAUUCGUGGUUCGGUAUUCGCAAAUUCACCCAUUCACAGAUUUUGUGCUCAGGCCUCUGUAGUAAAAGUAUUACUGUAUCACAAUCGUGUAGUAACGAUCUAUGUUGAAAGGCGUUUAGAAGUUUCAUUUGGACAAAAAUAGUGCUUUGCCCAAAUCUUGUGUCAUCUUGGUGUCAAGGAACUAUGUGGAAGUGAGUCGAGGACAUUCAUUUAGACAAAAUAGUGCUUUGUUGCCUUCUUGUGGCCUCUAAAGGCAAUGAUAAACCUUUUAAAGGGCCGUCAAUUAUUUGCUUUUGGCAGCAGGGCUCGGUCCCUAUCCUCCUUAAUAGCGGGGGUUCACUGCAUGCAAUAUUCAAGAAAUUAUUUUGAUGCAAUGUAAACAGAAUUUAAAAAAAAAAAAUCCACAAUUCAUCCAGAUUCUUCUUCAUCACCCCAUGCCCUUUCUGUUUUUGCUUCAUCAUUGUAACAAAGAACGUCACGCAAACAACCUCCUAAGGGUGGGUCAUGAGUGAGUCCCAUUUGUGUUGUUUACCGAGAAAAUCUGCUUGAGUUUACUUGAAUUCAGGAGCCAUUUGCUCCACCUGUCCCUACAAACCUUGCACAGCAUGUGUCGGGUUCCAGUUGUCUCAGCUGCCUCUCGGGAUCAGCGCAACCAGGCAUCCCUCCGCAUCCUCACGCAUCUCUUUGAAUGCUCAGACCGGAGGACGCCGUUCUCCCUGAGCACCGUCAUGGAGUUCCCGUGGUCAUAACCGCAACAUCCAAGCAGAUUGGAUUGACAUUUUCAUCAGAGACGGAAUAAUAAAAUGCGACACAGACAGUUUAAUCUGCCGAAAUUGGAUAUUCCGGGACAAUGCAGAGCGAUAUUGCGACUGGCGCUGAGAAUGGACCCAGACUGAUGGGAACAGCUGCGUGUCAGUACCAUGCGAGUCCUGCUGCUUUGUGUGUUCAGGCUUUUGCGGGUCACCUGGCCUGAGGGGACAGUUGCCUAUUUUUACUCGAAUCAAAUUUACCAGUGGUCUUGUCAGUGUUCUCAGAGUGGUAGUAGUUUCAUAGCCUAAUUUGUGUGGACGCAUGUGAGCGGAAGCGUGACCGAGUUGCGUUGUGGUCAGCCGCCGGGGUCGUCAGAUGUUUAGCGCAUCCUGUGUUUCCCUGCUUCUUGUUGACAGCCCGGGUAUUAAUUAGAUUAGCAGAUUACGCCUACCCCGCCCACGUCCCUCAAGACCUCUGCCCCUUCUCGUCCACUCAAUCAAACCCCUGCGGAGUCCGGCAGCUAAUCCAAGCCACGCUGGACGGCAAGCAUUUAAAUGCCUCGUCAUGUGCUCUUUAUUCGGAAAAAAAAGUGUGACACACGCGUGCUGGUAGCGGUCCAGCAGGAGUCCGAAUUUGGAUCAGCGUCGAAUGAGUAUGCUGAACAUUCUCAUCUGCCAUCCACACCGAGUUCAUUCGUCUCAUGUUAAUUUAUUCCCGGGGAUGAACCGCUGGCACUUGUGCUCUACUGACUCUAAUCCCAAAAGUGCAUAUCAAACACGCCUGCGUGUAUGCGCCUUAUUAGUUUUAUAUGUUGUUUUAGCAAUGGUAUAAUGACCAUGUAUGGAUAGAAUGUCAACUUUUAACACAAGUGGGGGGGGGGAAAAAACUUCAAAUUAAUUUUUUUAAUUAAUCUUCAUCCAUGUAAGGCAAUUGAGAAGCAAAAUAAAAGCAAGGAAAAAUACUGUACAAACAGUACAAUGUGAUUUAGUAUUUACAUAAUACAUUACAAUACAUCAUAGCGUAUGGUGAAUACGAGAAACAACUUUUGAUACAUACAAUUUCAAUGAACACAAUGACAGAUAAUUGCGAACAAAGACCUUUCUUUCCUUCUGACGCACGCGAUGAUUCUCCAAUGUGUCAACCCGUCGCAAUGUAGCGCCAACGACUGGCGAGGAGGAUUUACUCUGUGUCAGAUUUGGGGUUUUUUUGGCCUUUAGUGUCGGCGGCUGGUAUCUGCAGCCUUCACGAGUACCCGAUAUCUUGAAAUGAGGCCGGUAUUGGCUCGAUACCGAUACCUGGUAUCGGUACUCGUACUACUCGCCCAUCCUGAUUAAAAUGAGUGUUAUAAAGGUAAUGAAAACACCGAAGCUAGUGGUGACCCACAAUUUUUGCAAUACUGUAUUUCACUCACUGACAUUGCUGUGCUGCUAUCCUCUCCCCCAAAGUCAUAUGACAAGAUAUAAAAUUUGACCUUAACACACAUAAACAAACACUGUGGCGCACAUCCAUUCAGUGGGUAAUCCAGCACUAAUCCUCCCGCCCAAUCAGAUGAAGAGGGAGCGAGGGAUGACGAGAUGAGGGGGGAAAUACAGUUCGGAAUCCACUGAGAUUUUUAUGUUACACUGGCGCUGCAGUUUUUGACCCCCGGCUCAGCCUUCAAAUCCUCCUCUAACAAAGUGAAGGCCACAUAGUCCCAAAGCUGCCUAUUCCCAGCCCUGUUGGAGUCAAGCCUGUCUGCCUCGGCGCACGCUUGAGGGGGCUCGCAUGAGUCACACCAGUCAACUAGAGACGAGUGACAGUGUGAUUCACGAGCAGAAAGAGAGGCUCCUUUUCUUGGCCUUCAAAUGGCAGCCAUUUGGGGCUUGUUGUUGCCUCUGCACCCCCUCGCUCGCACAUCUUUGACAAGGACACUUGUGUCUCGCCUGACUCGCCACCCCCCCCGCCACCACUCUCUGCCCCAUCCCCGCUUGCACACACACUCAGCUGUUCAUUAGAUUUGACACCCCAACGCCGCCAGCCAUUGUCAGGACAAGGAAGGGCAGAAUUGCUGGCAUGAGGUCUCUCAUAUUUGUUUUUAUUUAAUGAGACUGUGGGCCGAAGAUAAAGGUUACAUCCGCAGUUUUUAAUAAAAUCAGAGGAUGACAUUCAGAGUGCUCAAAUCAUGAUAUUUCCUUGUGACUUGUUUAAAGAUCAUAAUUACCUUCACGAGCUUCUUCUCGGAGCAGGAUGUGACCAUUUAGUGAACCUUUCUACCAUCCUUGAUUGGAGGCAGACAAAAAGGAACCACUUAAGUCUAAAUGAACAAUUUAUCAAACGUGACACAAUGUUUGAACAAAAUGGCAACUGUCCCCUCUUCAUAGUACCUCUGUCCAAUCAGUACCGGAGCUGGAUCCCGUAGCUGCUCCUCCAAUCGUUCCUCGGAGCGGAGCUGCCUCCAAGCCAAUUAACUGGCAUCUCAGCUGGAGCUCCAAUUCACUUCAUCCAAUCAAAGCCCUCCUUUGAGAUCUACUAUCUAUCUGGGAAACGACAACACGAUGCCUGUGCUAUCUCUGUGCAUCAUGAGGACUUCAUGGUUGUUUGGACUUAUCUUGCUAGUCAAAUUCAUAAACCCCAAAAAGUUUAAUAAGGAAGAUUAUACAGAGCACAUACAUUUAAGACCAAAAUGGUUCAUACCCUGGCCAUAUUUAGUGGCAAAGUGGAUAGAGUUAGCCCAAUGACAAAAGAAAGUGGUUAUAUAAUACAGUAUGUAGUAUAAGACUUUAAGUUUGGUUGGAGAUAUUAAUGAAAAGUACAUGGCAUUGUCAUAUAUAUAUAUAUAUAUAUAAAUAUAUAUAUAUAUAUAUAUAUAUAUUUUUUUUUUUUUAAAUCUUGAAUAACUUUGGACUUGGAUUUGGGGGAAGGGCAGAAUUUAGUAAUACAAAAAGGUAAUAUUUUAUCUUCUAUCUUUUAUCUUUCGCCACUUUCUUGUGUCAUUUCCCAUGAAAAAAAAACAUUUUAACAAAUUAAACAAAUACAUUCUUAAAUCGUAACUCAAAUAGUGACGGUAUGAAUAAUAAUUAGUUUGAAGACCAUUUCUAAUUGACAAAAUAUUUUUGAAACUAUACAAAUUAUAACUGUUUUCACUUCAGCUGAACACGUUACAGUCAACUCAAUUUAAACAUCAGUGUGGUGUCAAAAACAAUUAUUUUGGGUCUUUUUUGUAAUUUGUUGAUUAUAAAGAAAAUGUAUAAUAGUGUUAAGUUGCCACAGCUCUGUGAGUUGUGUUAAAUUAUUGGAGGAUGCUGCUGCAGGUUAGCAUGAUCGCCUUAAUAUGGUGACUGAUGUAAAUAUGGUGGUGUGUUCCAAAAAAUACAAUAAAAAUGAGAAAAAAAUAGGAUUACGUAAUAGUUUUGUUUUUUCGUAGAACGCAUGCUGGUUGGUAGUUUAGAAAUGUAUGGUGUUUUUUGUUUUUUUACCUGCUCGUGGUCUGCUUUUUAUACAUAAUGAAUUAUUGUUUUAUUCAUAUUUGUUGGUCAUUUAACAAAAAAACAAAAAAAAGUUUUUAAUAAGCAUGUUGUCAACAUCCAUUGUGACUUUUAACUGUCAUCAUGACUGUUGAUGCUUAGAAACACUGGAAACAAAAGAUUUUAAACAUAUUUGUUCCAGCUCUUGAAAUAGAAAACCAUGUAAUUUGUCUGGCGAAAUGAUAUUAUUUUAAAAAUCUCACAUGAAUUGAAAUUCAAAUGAUGAUCACUUGGGGGGGGUUCAAAGGGUUUAUUAUUAUGUUUUAUCUGGUAAACCUCACUGGCCCCUUUUAAGUCGCACAUUGCUAUCAAAUUGAUCAAGUUAGUGGCUAUCAAUGGCUUUUCCCAUCAAUGCAGCAGAUGGUGACACAAAGUUGGCCAUUGUACUUGUGGUGUUUGUCUCAGGCAGCUCCGGGCAGCCUGCGUACACACAGAUUAUUUCACGAUUUCGUUUACGGCAGCACGCGGGGCGACAGUGCGCAGAUGUGAGACAAAGACAAAUAUAUAAAUAUAACAUAACUGUCAAGUUGCAGUCUUUACUUCCAGCUGAGUCGUUCUGGGUUCCCAUGGUUACGUUGCUCAGUAACAACCUACUAAAAAACAGAAGCACAUUAACUUGAAUGAGCUUUCAUAAAAUCACAAAAAGUGUGUCACUUUAAUAACAAAAAGAAAAUUUGAAGACAAAAACAUGCAUUUAACUAUUUCUUUGGGGGUUUUUUUCAUGAUGGUGGUGACAAUGUUUACUAUGUGGAUUAUUGAAUAAAGUA